GAUACUUUCCACGCUCAGGGACGCCAUGUACAGCUUCGAUGUCCAUUUACGCAUUGCAGACGAAAACAAUGCUUAGUUCCGUAUCAAACAACCCCGUACAUAUCCUCGGACUUACCGUGACACGCGACGAAUCGAAACCGCAGUUACCCUUGAAGCGUAAGAGGGACUCUCUCAGUAGUCUUGGCCCUUACACCACGCCCUUCACGAUCAGACUGUACCCGGACUCGCCAUACACCAAGCCUGCCACCUUCAAGCCAAUACGAGUCAUCAGCCGUUCUCAGCUACCGCUUACCUUCCUCGACACCACCGCUGGCGAGCAGUUUCCGCCCAACGGCCUGUUCACGGCACAUAUCGACGUACUGGAAAAUGAUGGAGGCGAUCGCGAGCAGGAGAUUGCGACUCCUAAAGUGCUCAUCGCACAAUACGAGACAAAACGCACACUCUAUGCUAUGGAGCGAGUUCAAGCCCGAGUCUACAGCAUUUGCAAGCUUGCCCUAUGGUUGAAGGAGAAAGAGGUCGUAGAAUUGUGGGACCCGGCCAAUGUCUCAUCGUAUCCUGCGUGCUCGAUACUUGGUACAGAUCACAAUGCUGGAGGGCCGUGGUGGCAGCAUGCUGUGUUGGAGGCACAGAUAGUCGAACGGCCAGUAAAGCGUGCAAGGAUGUCGAUGGUUCGACGGCCAGCAGAGGCAGUGCAUAUCAAAGCAGGACCCCAGCAGGAACUUGGCCACGUAACAACACCCUCGGUUGAAUUGGAGGGUGCUAUUGCGCCUGAAACUACCCAGGAGCCUACUAUACAAACUCCAACCGCGUAUGAGCAACUGGAUUCAUUGGUCCAACAGUACCUCGACGCGCUGUACACAUCGAAGACAUCACUAGCAUACUUUGCCAAAGGACCCAUCACACGAAUACGCAAUACUUUCACUUCGCCAGACGAAAGUGCCCCACCGACACACGAACUGGUUACAUUCCUUAGGUCGAUGCUGUUGAGCCCGAAAGCUGGCGAAAAGAAGUACCACGAGAAGUUGCCUGCCGUGAUCAAGUCCAUACCAGUAGGCAUCGUUUCGGACGAAGAGGCAGUCACGAAAACCAACAAAGUCAAGAAAUCCAAGAAGAAGAUGAAGCUCAAUCGCGACGGCGUCUACCCUUCAGAAGAACCGUUCAUCAAGAAGUGGUGGAGAUCUGAGAUGCCUAGCGCAGAGAAUGCUGGCCAAGAGACGAUUGAAACAAGAAUCCGGCGAAGAAUCGGAGACUUGCGAGUUCGCGAGACACUUGCACAAAUGAUACUCAUGCUUGAAAUCGUUGCGCUCGAAUCGCUGGCGACUUACAAGGGACCCUCGGACAAUGGACCAUCCGUUGGAGAGACGCAGGACAAUUCACAGAACCAACCAAGGAAGCGUAAGAAGAAACUCGACGACAUCGUGUUGCAGCUGGAUCUUUUGCUAGACAAGUUGAGCAUUUGGCACGCUACAGAGGAGGCCGGCAUUCUAGACUUCGACACCAAGGCAGCCAAGCAGCAGGACAACGCUGACGGAAACGGAAACGGUGGCAGUGACCGGCUGCAUGGUUUUUGCGUGGAAGUGAUUGUCCCAUUCUACAUGAGCCGGCUUCCGGAGCAGGCACUUGCGAUCAACAAGAAGCUCGGUGGACCUGCCAUCGCAUCGUCAAAACGUAAAGCGAUGAGACCGCCCCUAUCAUCGAAGAAUUCUGGAGACUCCAAGGAGCCAGAGACUAAGAAGUCACGUCGUUCACUGGCAAGAGUGGCCACUGAUACUACUGGCAAGACAGGAGACAGGAAGACCCCGUCUCUAGCUCGCUCUGCUACGGACACUGCGCUGCUGAGACAGCAGAGCGUCAAACGAGAAACAAGUGAGGCGCCAUUGUCGGCAAUACCAUUCCAACGCAGCCCUUCGCGAGCCAGACAAUCGAUGUCUCAACUUAGACAUCUUCAGGGGCGUGAGAUGGAUCUAACGACCACCUCAGCUGCAGUCGCUGCGAAAUUGAAACACAAGGCACGGGUAGAAGAUGACCUCAAAGAGGCUAUUGCGACCUUGAAGAAGCCGAACCGUGACCUGGCUGCUGGAAGCUACAUGGCUGAAAUCGAGAAGCGUGGGCUUGGCUCUGCAAACCGAUCAAGGAAGCCCGCCAAUCCUGUGCGAAAGGUAGUGAAGGACGUUCAGGUCACUGCAACACCUCGAGUUGGUCGAAGAACAAAGAAUGUGAUUGAGCAAACACCAGUCCACUAUUACCAAGACCCCUUCGUCAGGUCAACCGCGACUGCAGUAGCGCCUCUGAGCGACUUCUGCAUCCCGUCCUCUGGCGUCUGUCAACCAUCCUCCGUCGUACCGGGUACGAUUCAGCGUAGUGCAACGGCCCGAGAACUAGCGCAGCCAGGCGUUGCCGAAACACCUUCCAAAGCGCCGACCACGAAGUUGUUCACCUCAGGGGCAGCUCGUAGGACGAUCUUCGUGACCCCUGUAAAAAGCUCGACUCGACUUUUCGAAGCAGAUCUUCACCCAACUUCAAACAUCUUCGAGACUCCUGUCAAAGCUGUAGGCAGCUCACCACACACUGAUACAAACAUGAUGCCGCCAGUCAUUGCGGCUACACCUAUUAAAGCAAUGUUCUUAAGUGAAGAGACUGCACCAAUUGCUUUUGCGACUCCCGCAAAGCAGGCCGAAGAGCCUUCGAUAUACGAUGCAUUGGGAUGGAACGAUGAUGACGACUUUGCAUGAGAGACCGCUGUUUUGUCUUACCCUUAGCAUAGCGAGCAUGGAAUGGAGUUUGCAUUUGAACGGUGCAUUGGGUGGCGCAAGGACUUGCUAUAUCGCAGCAUGGCAUCUGGG